UGAUUACACACCCUCGACAGGGGUGCUAAGCCAUGCAAACACAUGGUUGUACAUUGUAGCAGUGACCUAGCUUCAUCCCACCAAUCAAAAUAUGACUGUCCCUUUCUUAGGAUGAACCACAACAGCCUUGCUAUCCAUUUUCUCAGCCUUCUACAACUACUGCUCCACGAUUUCGAAUCGCGAAGCUUCACGUAGCAACCGCGACGAUGGCUGUGUCUCCUCUUGUUACGCAUCCCCAGGAUGCUCUGCAAAACCCGAGAUCCGUAUCGUCGCCUUUGAAGAAUGCGACUUCGGCACAGGCAUCGUCCAAUGGAACACCUGUGUCUGCGGCGGUCGCCCCCAACCCAUCUGCAGCAAUUAUGUCGCCUUCUUUAGACAUUGCAGAGCAGCUGAACGAAGACGAAAAGCGUAAAUACGUCAAGGGCAAGAAGCUCGGUGAAGGUACAUACGCGAACGUCUACCUGGGAUACCUUAAGAGCGACCCGUCGCAAUAUGUCGCCAUCAAGAAAAUCAAGAUCCAGACCGAAUACACGGAAGGAAUGGCGCCCGACGCCGUCCGCGAAAUCAAACACCUACAAGAACUCUCCCACCCGAACAUCAUUACCUUGCAUUCCGUCUUCUCUUCUAAGGACCAGAAUCUGAAUCUUGUCUUGGAGUACCUUCCUCUGGGUGACUUGGAGAUGCUUAUUCGCGAUACGGACCGCGUUAGGUACGGUACUGCUGAUAUCAAAGCGUGGAUGGGAAUGCUUACAAGGGCCGUGUGGUUCUGCCACGAGAACUUCGUCCUGCAUCGAGAUAUCAAGCCAAACAACUUGCUUAUAGCCGCCGACGGGGAGGUCAAGCUGGCUGAUUUCGGUCUGGCUCGAAGUUUCUCCGACCCGUACAAGAUCAUGACUUCAAACGUCAUCACGAGAUGGUACAGACCACCCGAGCUAUUGUUCGGAGCGAAGCAUUACUCGGGCGCUGUCGACAUCUGGUCCGUCGGUUUAGUGUUUGCCGAGCUAAUCCUCCGCGUGCCAUACAUCGCCGGAAACACCGAAAUACAUCAGAUCAGCCUCAUCUGCCAGGCAGUCGGCACACCCACCGAGGACAACUGGCCCGGAGUGAGUAGUUUACCCGGGUAUACCAGGGAGGGCGACGUCUACCCGGUACAGGGCAGGGACGCCUACAUGGCCAGGUUCGGCACGGUCGGCUACGACGGCGUGGAUCUCUUAAUGAAGACCCUAAUCCUCGACCCCAAGAAGCGCAUCACAGCCUUCGAAAUGCUAAAACACGAGUGGUGGCACAAGGACCCCAAGCCCUCGCGCAAACAAGACCUUCCCAAGAAAAAAUCCGGUGCCCAGGACAAGGUUGGCGACGACUUGAAGAGAAGGCCUGGCAUUGUGGACGAGGAUAAAGGGAGCAAGGUCGCUCGGAAGCUAGACUUUGGCGCGAUGAAGUAGGGGUUCUAAACGUUGGAAGUCUGUUGAAAAGCCUGGUUAGUGCGAAUAUUAGGCCGGCCGGCUCAUUUGGGCGUACGAAGACAUGGCAUUACUGAGGCGUACGGGUUGGAUUUAAGGCAUGGAAGUUAGGCGUUAGUUGGGUCAAUGGCAAGGCAGUCACGUAGGUAAAUGGACGCUGUUACAAUGCAAAAGUUCGAACCCAAUCAAUUGUCAACGUUUGUGGAAUGUGUCGUGAUCGUGUUUGUGGUACAUAAAGUACAGCAGCCCCGUAUCAACAUAUAGGCUUGGUGCUAUAUACGUAGAUUCCUCAAGGCUACCUUGGUA